AUGGGUCGAAGACAUAGAAGAUCCAAAGUUACUAGAGUUGUAAAUCUUGUCAAACGAAUAAUUGCCUUUUUCUUUUCUCAUGUUGGCUUAUGUGCAUUAGUUAUAGGGUACGCAUUAUUAGGAGCAGUUGUUUUUCGUGCAGUUGAAGGACCUCAUGAACAAUUUGUUCAAUCAGAAAUUCAAAUUGCAAGGCAACGUGCUGUAGAUAUAACAUGGAAUGCAACAUUUAGAGUAAAUAAACUAAAUAAAAGUCAAUGGCAACGUGUAGUAUUUUCACAAGUUAAAAAAUUUCAAAAAAGAACAAUGUGGGCUAUAAGAAAAGGAUAUGAUGGUAAAGAAUAUGGUGUAUCUGCUCAAUGGACUUUUACAGGUGCUUUCCUUUACUCUUUAACUGUUAUUACUACAAUUGGUUAUGGAAAUACUUCAGCAAAAACAUAUUUUGGUAAAACAUUAACUAUUCUUUUUGCAAUUAUUGGUAUUCCAUUAAUGCUUUUAUUUUUAACAAAUAUUGGUGAUGUGAUGGCAAAGAUCUUCAGGUUUUUAUAUGCACGAAGCAUUCGAUUUAAAUAUAAUGUAAUAUUAUGGCAUAAGAAAAGACAAGCUGCUAAAAUACGAAAAGCAAAUUCUCUUGUGGCUAAAUUAGCCAGAGCUCAAACAAUGCGACAAUACAAUGGCACUAUACGUGGCAUGGUACGAGAUGAUACAUCUCUUGAUUCAUUAGGUUUUGGUGUAGCAAAUGCAUCAGAUGUUCGUGAAAUGUUAGUAGCCAGAGCUCACCUUGAUCAAUUAGAAGUUAAAGAAAGUGUAGAAGCUCAAUUGCAAAGAAUAUCUGUUCCUUUAUUUUUAGUAUUGUUAACAAUGUUAGCAUAUCUUAUAGCUGGUGCAAUUUUAUUCUGUCUUUGGGAGGGAUGGACUUUUUUGGAUGCCUUUUAUUUUGCAUACAUAAGUCUUACUACAAUAGGUUUUGGUGAUCUUUUUCCAGGAGCAUCAGUUGGAAAUGAUAAAGAUGCUCAAAAAAAGUUAGUUAUAACUAGUGUAUAUUUGUUAUUUGGUAUGGCUUUACUUGCUAUGUGUUUUAAUUUAGCUCAAGAAGAAGUUGUUAAUAAAGUUGCAUGGAUAACAAGCAAGUUUAGGUCAAAAGAAGAAGAUGAAGAAGAAUAUGAGUGA